AUGUCCUCGUCCCCACGAACCACAGCGACCUCAAACUCUGGCUCGCUCUCCGGCUCAGCAUCAGGUUCAGUGUCAGGCUCAGCCUCCGGCUCCGCCACCACGUCCUCCAUCAGCAUCCCCCAGACCGCAGCCGCCGGCGGCCUCACCAUCACCUCCCCGCCCCAAACCACGAUCGCCUUCUUCAAGCUCGCGUCCGCGCAGCCCAUCACCUUCGCCUGGAACCUCACCUCGCUUUACAGCACCCCCGCGCACCUCACGCUCUCCGCCGUCUGCGACAACGGCAUCACGUACCCCGUCGGACCCACCGACGGCGUCAUCCCCGGCACGCAGACCUCCGUCGUUUGGGACGCGUGGGCCUUCCAGCAGUCGAACCCCGCGAGCCCGCUCCCACAGGCGACGUUCACCCUGAAUAUUUUCGACGAGCGCGGGAUGGGCGCCGCGAGGGAGCCGGGGCUGUUUUCGCCGAAUAAUGCGCUCAAGUUUGCGCUGUACACGCCGCAGGCGUAUACCCCCAUCGCGUCAGGGUGGACCUGCAGCGGCUGCAAGAGCGACGCGCUCGCCGCGUACACCGCGCACCCCGCCUUUGUCGGCAUCUUCGCCACCAUGCUCGCCAUGUUCCUGUCCGGGCUCGCGGUCAUGCGGCAUGGGAUGCAUUGA